AUGGCAAAUCGAAAGGCAGUUGAAGCAUUAAAUUUAUUGUUGCAAGAUUUGAUGGAAAACCAGUUAUUGUUUGGUGGCAAAACAGUUGUUCUUGGUGGAGAUUUUCGGCAAACUAUACCAAUUGUUCGAAGGGGUUCUCGUGAAGAGAUAGUGGAUGCUUGUUUGGUAUAUUCAUCCAUAUGGCUUCUUAUUCGAAAAAUUCAUUUGACACAGAAUAUGCGGGCAAUGGAGGAUCCUGUUUUUACAGAUUUGUUAUUGAGGGUUGGUGAAGGCAUAGAGCCAAAUGUUCGUGUUGAUUAUAUUAAUCUUCCUGAAGAUAUGUGUCUUUCUUACCAUGGUUCAGAUUCACCUCUUGACACACUGGUCAAUGAAAUAUUUCCGUCGUUUGAUGCAUAUUCUAGCGGUUCUUCGAGCCUUAUAAAUACCGCUAUUUUAACUCCUAAUAAUGAAUGUAUGGGAGAAAUUAAUGAAUCAUUGAUUGGAAAAUUCCCAGGCAAUAUGGUUGAAUAUGUUAGCACGGAUUAUGCAAACGAUCCAAGCCAGCAACAAUACUAUCAAGAUUAUAUGAAUGCAAUUAGUGUUGGUUCAUUGCCACCACAUGUUCUUAAAUUAAAGGUUAACUGUCCAGUUAUGUUACUUCGCAACUUAAAUCCAUUGGAGGGGUUGUGUAAUGGAACACGUUUAAUUGUGCGUGAUCUUGGUAGGCACGUGAUCGGAGCCGUCAUUGCUGUAGGGACUCAUUCUGCUAUAUGUUGCUUUAUCAAGGGUCAGAACAUCAAGUUCAAUAAAAUUCUUAAUUCGACCGCCAGUUGCUGA